AUGAAUAUUGGGCUAAGACCUCAAGAGGCUAAUUUUUCUGCUUUUUUAAGAUACCAAAAAAAACAAGCUCCUGAGCAAGUUUUAAGUGCUGGCAAUGAAUCAGAUUUGAGAAAAGAAUUUAUGAAUUCUCAACUCAGUACCGAAAGAUACCAGCUAAGUGCGGGGUGGGAAAGGAGUAAUCAACUUUUUGGUUUGGGAUCAAAGCACGAUGGGGUCGCUCUAAAAAUUUUAAGCAUUUCUCAAAAUAUGACCACUGAUUUUUUGCAAGAGAUUACCAAUCACAAAUUGCUUAGCAAUAGUGAUUAUAGCGACAUUAUUGUGCCAUGUUAUGGUAUUUCUCAACAUCCGGAAACUAAGAAUUAUGUGAUGGUAAUGGAGUGUAUAGGAGGUGAUAUUACACUAGGAUUAAAAAAAAUUCAUGAAAAAGGUAAUAGUUGCUACAUUACUGAUUUAGGCUUAUGCCGACCAGUCAGUGCCACUGAUGAUGAUGAAAUUUAUGGAGUAUUGCCUUAUGUAGCACCAGAAGUGCUUCGCGGAGGUCAGUAUACGCAAGCUGCUGAUGUUUAUUCCUUUGGAAUAGUGGCUGCGGAAAUACUUUCUGGCUUGCCCCCUUAUUAUGAUCAAUCUCAUGACGACUCCCUAGCGGUUCAAAUAUGUCUAGGGCUACGCUCCAACUUAAACGAUUAUUUGGAGGUUAAAGGAGAAUUUAAUCAAUCAUUGGUGAAUAAAGUUAAUAAUGCUACUCUUCUUCAAACCCAUCCUCAAGCUAUUUAUACUAGUCGCUUAUUAGACUUUAAAAACCUCCCCCAACCUCAAAACAGUAAAGAAAUUAAUGAGCAAUUUUAUAAUUUAAAUGAUUCUACUGAGUUUGACAUUGAUAUUGGAGAGCUUAAUAUUUCUGAAAAACAGUACGAACAAAAGAAGAAAGAGAAAAUUAUAACCUCCACAGAAAUAAGAACCAAAAGACAGCUAUCAGUUUCUUCCCAAACUGAACUAUCUAGUGAAAAAGGGACUAAAUUGUCUAGAGUAAUUGAACAAUCAAAAUAUCAGUCCGAACCAAUGGAAAUAGAAGAAGACUGA